AUGGCCGACCGCAAGGCCCAAGUGGCGACGGUCACGGACACGCUGUAUUUCACGCCGUCGCAAUGGGAUGGAUGUAUGGCCCGGAUGCGUGGGGAUAAGAUAUCGGCACUGAAGUGGAAUCAGAUGCAGAUGGCGGCAUGCUCCUUCAUAGCGGCGGUGGGUGCGAAGCUGGGCUGCCCGCAGCGCACUAUAGGCACGGCGCAGCUGCUGUACCAGCGCUUCCAUCUAUUUCAUGCGCCGACGGAUUUUUCGUUACAUGAGGUGGCUUUGACGUGUCUUUUCACGUCGGCCAAGCUCAAUGACACGCAGAAGCGCGUGCACGAAGUUGUGUUGGCCAGCUACGUGUUUCGGUAUCCAGAGCUGAUCUCGACGCCCGACAGGGGCGAUUGGAUCGCACAUGCGCACGUAUCAGACGUGGAUCAAGAGAUGCUGCAUCGUGAGCAGACCGCGAUUGUGUCUCUGGAGCGCCUUCUCCUGCCUUGUGUGUGCUACAAUUUCCAGCUGCGGUCGCCGCAGAUUCUGUCGUGGACGAUCAAAUUGGCGCGCCACUGGCGCCUGUCCAAAUCCGACGCCGAUGUGGCGUGGCGCAUGGCCUGUGACAGCCACCGCACGAAUGUGGCGUGGCUCUAUACCCCCCUGACCGUGGCGCUUGGUUGCCUGUAUGCCCAAGAAGCCAUGGCGCGCGGUGCGCCGUAUCCAUGGCAUGAGACAGCAUCGUGGGGCGUGGCCCUGAGCGAUGUGACGGACGUGGCAUUGAAGCUGCUCGAGCUCUAUGUGCAGCACACGCCCGCGCUCUACAUGAGUGCGCGGAGUGAGCGCCGCGUGGUGCCGCCGCAUGCCGUGUAUCCGCCGCCCUUGGGCCUGCUGGCGUGGCGAGCGCCGACCGCUUCGGAGAUGGAAGCGCGCCUGACGCAAGCGCAAAUCUAUCUGCGCCAGAAGCCGCUGGACGAGCGGGCGCCGCCGCCGCCGCCGCGGUCCUUGGACGCGCUGCUCCCGCCGAAGGCGACCCACGAUGGGGCGCGGAUUAUUGCCACGCGCUACAUAUUGCCCAUCUAA